AGUUACCGGCUGGGCCGGCGCGCGCCUCCCUGACUCGGCUGGAGGUCCUCUAGCCCCGGCUCGCUGUGCGUCCGCCGCCGCCGCCCGCGCCAGGUGAGGGCUCGUGGCUCCCGGCUGCGGCGCCCGGUGCGUGUUGAAGGGCUCUGGGCGUGCGCCGCCGAGGAGGGCUGGGCCGGCGGUCGGUUAGCGCUCCGUUCGACGCGGGGAGAGGCGGCACGCCGGGCGCUGCCCGGCCUCGGCUGUGGCGGCGGCGGUAACGGCCGGGCUCUCGGGUUCUCUGCUUCAGGCCGGAGCCAGUCGGUGCCCCAGCGGAGAGACGGGCAACCGGGUUCCUUGGCCCCGGGCCCCCCUCGGUUGGGGCGGCUGGGGCAGGGGGACGAUGUCUGCUCGCCUCCCAGUGCCCGCCUCUCACUCUCGUGAGGAUCCGCCCGUGGUGGCUGCUGAAAGGGAGUCGCUGUCGGUCGCGGUGAGCCGGCAGGCCAAGCAGCAGUCCCCGCCCGAACGAGAGGGCAAGGAGGCGGCGAGGGAGGAGAGGGCAGCGGCCGCCACCAGCGCGGGGGCGCGGGGAGAGCCGUCGCCGGCGCGGGUGCUGGGACGCAGCGUGCCUCAGGCGGCGGUGCCCGUGAGGCCCCUGGCGCUGCACCUGGCUCACAAGGCGCGCGGGCCCGGGGGCACCUUCGGCGGGGAACCGCCACCACCACCCCCGCCCCGGGAUUCGCCAGUCGAGGACGCACGGGAGGAGGCGGCGGCGGCGGCUGGUCUUGAGGAGAAGCUGCAGCCGCCGCCACUGCCUAAGGAGAACCCUUGGACCAAAAAGCCUCCUCAGCACCUGUCCCCGGCCGGGACGGGUCUGACGUCGCGCCCGCUGGAAACCUUGGAGGCAGAGCUCAGUUCCCCCAAAAUUAUAAAAGCUGGAAAACUCAAGACAAAGAAAUCCAGCAAGGCUAGCGAUUUCAGCGAUAUGGCGAAUUGGCCAACACCAAGUGAAUUAGUGAACACUGGAUGUCAAAGUGUCAUCAGCCAAGGAAAUAAGAAGUCACAAAACAGAAAAGAAAAAGAAGAGAAGGUUGAAAAGAGAAGUAACAGUGAGAGCAAAGAAAACCGGGAAAGAAAAUUAGAUGGUCCUGGUGAAAAUGUCAGUGAGGAUGAGGCUCAGUCAAGUAAUCAACGUAAGAGAGCUAAUAAGCACAAGUGGGUACCACUCCACUUAGACGAUGUAAGACCAGAUAGUCAGGAAAGACCUGGAUCCCGGAACAGCUCAAGAUGUCAACCUGAAGCAAAUAAAUCAGCACAUAACAACAGGAGAAAUGAUAUACGAAGUUGGAGGCGAGAUAGAGAAAAGAGAGAUGAUCAGGAUGAAGUUUCCAGUGUGAGAAGUGAGGGUGGUAACAUUCGAGGUUCCUUUAGAGGCCGAGGAAGAGGCCGAGGACGGGGAAGAGGACGAGGCAGAGGAAAUCCUCGAUUGAACUUUGAUUAUUCAUAUGAUUAUCAAGAACAUGGUGAGAGGACUGAUCAGCCAUUUCAGACAGAACUUAAUACGAGUAUGAUGUAUUACUAUGAUGAUGGUACAGGUGUACAGGUGUAUCCUGUGGAAGAAGCAUUGCUUAAAGAGUAUAUUAAACGUCAAAUUGAAUAUUACUUCAGUAUAGAAAAUUUGGAACGGGACUUCUUUCUUCGGAGAAAGAUGGAUGAACAAGGUUUCUUGCCUGUUUCCCUGAUUGCUGGUUUUCACCGUGUUCAGGCUCUCACUACAAACCUUAAUCUCAUCUUAGAGGCACUGAAGGAUAGCACAGAAGUAGAAAUUGUGGAUGAGAAAAUGAGAAAAAAGAUAGAACCAGAAAAAUGGCCGAUUCCAGGCCCUCCUCCACGUAAUGUGCCUCAAACAGACUUCUCUCAACUGAUUGAUUGUCCAGAGUUCGUACCAGGCCAAGCCUUUUACUCACAUACAGAGUCCGCCCCAACUUCUCCAAGAAUUGGAAGUUCAUUGAGCCCAAAGAAAAAUACUGAAACAAGUAACCUGCAAGAAAUGACUAGACGUCUGUCUACCAGUUUGCCUGACUUGGAUUCAGAACCUUGGAUAGAAAUGAAAAAGAGACAUCGUCCAUCUGCAGUGAAAUUGAAGGAAUCAAUGUCUGUAUCUGAAGAAGCCUCAAAUCAACUGUGUCCUCCAGAAGAACAAGAAGAACUUGAUUUUUUAUUUGAUGAAGAGUUGGAACAAAUAGAACGACGAAAAAACACAUUUACUGAUUGGUCUGAUAAUGAUUCAGAUUAUGAAAUUGAUGACCAGGAUUUAAACAAGAUUUUGAUUGUAACUCAAACACCACCACAUAUGAGAAAACAUCCUGGAGGAGAUCAAAUGGGCAACCACAUCUCUCGGGCAAAAAUUACAUCUGAACUUGCUGAAGUUAUCAAUGAUGGCUUAUGUUAUUAUGAACAGGAUCUAUGGAUGGAAGAAGAUGAAAACAAACACACAGCCAUAAAGCAAGAAGUUGAGAACUUUAAGAAGCUAAAUCUCAUUAGUAAAGAGCAGUUUGAAAACCUAACACCUGAACUUCCUUUUGAGUCAAACCAAGAAGUUCCUGUAGCACCUUCAGAGUCCAGGCAAGAAAUAACUUCAGCAACAAUGGCCUGUUCAUUCCCUACCGCAGUUCCAGAAUAUCGUCAAAUUCAUCCUGCAAGAACACCCAGAAAACCUCGGACACCCAGGCUGCAAGAUCCUAACAAAACACCACGAUUUUAUCCUGUUAUUAAAGAACCAAAAGUCAUUGAUGCAAAGAGUCCAAGAAAGAGAAAAACAAGGCAUAGUUCAAAUCCCCCUCUAGAGUGUCAUGUUGGUUGGGUAAUGGAUUCGAGAGAUCAUGAGCCAAGAACAUCCUCUGUCAGCAGUUCAAAUGCUUCACCUUCAGAAGGUGCACCACUAGUAGGAAAUCAUGGAUGUACUCCUCAUUCAUUCCCAAAGUUCCAGCAUCCUUCUCAUGAACUUUUGAAGGAAAAUGGGUUUACCCAACAAGUUUACUACAAGUAUCGUCGAAGAUGCCUAAGUGAGAGAAAACACUUGGGAAUUGGUCAAUCCCAAGAAAUGAAUACCCUCUUUCGUUUCUGGUCCUUUUUCCUCAGAGAUCACUUCAAUAAAAAAAUGUAUGAGGAAUUUAGACAACUUGCUUGGGAAGAUGCAGAAGCAAAUUACAGGUAUGGGUUAGAAUGUCUGUUCAGGUUUUAUAGUUAUGGACUGGAAAAAAAAUUCAGAGAAGAAAUUUUUAAGGAUUUCCAAGAAGAAACCAAAAAAGACUACGAAUCUGGUCAGCUGUAUGGACUAGAAAAGUUUUGGGCUUAUCUGAAAUAUUCUCAAUCUAAGACACAGUCUAUUGACCCAAAACUUCAGGAAUACCUCUGUAGUUUUAAGAGGUUAGAAGACUUCCGUGUUGAUCCCCCUAUUAGUGAGGAAUUUGGAAGAAAAAGACAUUCAUCUGCUUCUGGUAAGGAGAGUAAUCGUCGUAGUCUUCCAUCUAAUUCUUCUGCAAAGACACCAAAUGCUGCUAAGCCUACACCUGCCAGUCAGCUUCAGGCCCCAAUAAAGUCUCCCAGAAGGAAUACUUCACAGGAGUUCAACAACAAUUCACACCAGAACAGUGCUGCAUCAGUCUCAACAAAUGGUGAAAUGCCUGAGAAAUAGACUCUUAACGAAAGUUGUUUGUCCUUGAAGUCAACAUUUACAUCAGUAUUUAUUUCGGGAAAAUCUUCUGAUGUUUAAUUGUGAUAAUCAGAAAUAAGAAAAAGGAAGAAAAGUGGUAGAAUUUUUUCUAGCAAGAUAAAUUCUAAAAAUGUUUUCCUUGAUUUCACAAACAAGGAUAGUUUUGGUGACCUUUUAUAGAGAUCCUGUAGUAAUAUCUUUGUACUCUUUUCUUUUUCAAAGCCAUUGUUUAAAAAACAACACAAGGAAUGCCUAACAUUUCGGCUCAUACUUUUUAAAGAAGAUAUAUAUAGUAUGUUGUAUUAUCUCUUCUAUAGAGUUUUCUUAAAGAACCCAAU